GGAGGGGCGGGGCGAGGAGAGCGGCGCCUGUCUCCCUAAGGACUGCAGUACCCAUGAGGCGCUGCUGCCGCCGCCGGAAGCGCGGUGCUGCCGCAAGGGGUUGUGGGAAGCAGGCCUCUUCCUUUCCGGUGCUGGGCGCCAUCAGCAGGUAGACAGGCAUGGGUGCCUACAAGUACAUCCAGGAGCUAUGGCGGAAAAAGCAGUCGGAUGUGAUGCGAUUCCUCCUCCGUGUCCGCUGUUGGCAGUAUCGCCAGCUCUCCGCCUUGCACCGGGCUCCCCGGCCGACCCGACCGGACAAAGCUCGCAGGCUGGGAUACAAGGCCAAGCAAGGUUAUGUUAUCUACCGUGUCCGUGUUCGCCGUGGUGGUCGUAAACGCCCAGUCCCGAAAGGUGCAACCUAUGGUAAACCUGUGCAUCAUGGUGUUAACCAGCUGAAGUUUGCCCGGAGCCUUCAGUCUGUUGCAGAGGAACGUGCUGGCCGUCACUGUGGGGCUCUGAGAGUCUUGAACUCGUAUUGGGUGGGUGAAGAUUCCACUUACAAGUUUUUCGAAGUGAUCCUGAUUGAUCCCUUCCAUAAGACCAUCAGGCGCAACCCUGACACCCAAUGGAUCACCAAGCCCGUCCACAAGCACAGGGAGAUGCGUGGGCUGACAUCGGCUGGGCGGAAGAGUCGUGGUCUUGGCAAGGGCCACAAAUUCCACCACACCAUUGGUGGCUCACGUCGUGCUGCCUGGAGAAGACGCAAUACCCUGCAGCUGCACCGUUACCGCUAAUUUUUGUAAACGUAAUGAUCUAAUAAAGCUGAUGUGGGUUGUUGAAUUUA